UCUCUCUCUCUCGUCCAUCUUCCAAAGAAACAAAAAGGAUGAGGAAAAAAGUAAGUAAUAGUGGUGAAGAAGGAAACAAUGAGUACAAGAAAGGUUUGUGGACUGUAGAAGAAGACAAGAUACUCAUGGAUUAUGUCAAAGCUCAUGGCAAAGGCCAUUGGAAUCGUAUUGCCAAAAAGACUGGUUUGAAGAGAUGUGGAAAGAGUUGUAGAUUGAGGUGGAUGAAUUAUCUCAGCCCAAAUGUUAAAAGAGGCAAUUUCACCGAGCAAGAAGAAGAUCUUAUCAUUAGGCUCCACAAGUUGCUUGGUAAUAGGUGGUCCUUGAUUGCUAAAAGAGUGCCGGGUCGGACAGAUAACCAAGUGAAGAAUUAUUGGAACACGCAUCUGAGUAAGAAACUUGGAAUCAAAGAUCCAAAAACCAAGCCGAGCAAUGGUGAUUAUCAGAUCAAUCUCACAAAUCCUACUGAAACAUUAGAACAAACAACUAUCUCAAAUAUUAAUGACAACAAUGAGAUUCAAGAAGAUCGUCAAGGAAGUAACUAUUUGAGUUCACAUUGGGUUCAUGAUGAUGAGUUUGAGCUGAGUUCACUCACCAACAUGAUGGAUUUUAUAGACGGACACUGCUUUUGAAGUUUGUAUUUUAGCUUCGGUUUUCAUUUAGUCUUGUUAUCUUCAAAGCUGAUCAAACAUUAAUACAUCAACAAUCUUUGAUUGAAAGUUGUUAAUGUGUUAGUGUAUGAUUGGCUAAGUCUUUUAAUUAGGUUAACUUUCUUGGGUUAUAUAUAUAUGCGUGAAAAUUAUAUGCAUCAGUAUUUGUUAUGUUUGUAUCUUACUAAGCA